ACAUUUUCGCGGGAAAAUCGACCUUCCACCAUUUCUGUCUCUGGUUUUGCCGCCAUUUCGUCUUCCUUUCACAGUGAUACGGAAGGUUCUACAUUACAAGACGAACUGCACGUACUGUCGUGACAGGGUUCAAGAUGCUGGGGAGUGGUGUGUUACAGCGCCAGCCUCUGUCAGAGACACUGAAGGCGAAGUUGGCUGAGUUAGAAGAGGACUUCAGUGAUGGCAAUGUCACUGAGAAGGGUUAUAUUAAGAAGAGAGCGUUGCUUCUGAAUGGGUUGAUGACUCCAGAUGACCACAAACUCAUCCUGAAGCUGGACCAAGAGCUGAAAAACAAGUCACUACCUGAGAAAGAAUACAUAACAGAAGUCACCAAAGUGCUUGACAAGUACACAGCAGGGUCUAUCAGCCAAGACUCCAUGGAGUGUGAGACAAGUGAGACCAACUGCAGUUCCUCUGAGGAGACUGGGGAAAACUCCAAAACAGUAGAGGCAUGCAGCAGUGAGGAUAGUGGAGUGUUGACCAGCAGUGGAGAUGAAGAAAAGGCACCAGAAACUGGAGUGAAAAAGUCUCCAAAAAACAUCAAACAAGAGAAAGGAAGUGAUGAUGGAGUGUCUCCACCAAAGAGGCGAAAAGGAAAACUGAAUGGUAAAGGCCAGCCAACUAUCAUGUCAAUGUUUUCAAAAGUCCCCCAGAAAAGGAAGGCCACUGAUAGUGGUCCUGAAGUUGAUUCUUCUACAGACGAAGGAAACAAUUCAGAAUCAAAGGUAGAGCAUGAAGACAAGAAGAUUAAGCAUGAAGAUAAUGACAUGGAUGCUGAUGCAAAUGGCCCUGAGUUGAGAAAGAAAGAGACGACCUGUUCUCCACAAAAGCCAAAGGCUCCUCCAGUCAAGUGUAAGGAGUGUCGUCAGCUGUUGGAUGACCCUGACCUUCGCAUGUUCCCUGGGGACCCACAGGAGGCUGUUGACGAAGUAGAGAUGUUGACAGACGAGCGGCUAUCUCUUUUGGAAGAAGACCAGGAGUAUGGCACAUAUGACGAUCGUCCACAGCAUAAAAUUACCAAUUUCAGUGUGUAUGACAAGAACACCCACCUGUGUGCCUUUGACACGGGGCUGAUAGAGAAGAAUGUUGAGCUGUACUUCAGUGGAGCAGUAAAGCCAAUCUACGAUGAGAACCCAAGUGCUGACGGUGGCGUGCUGGCAAAGAAUGUCGGACCAAUCAAUGAGUGGUGGACUGCAGGCUUUGAUGGCGGAGAAAAUGCCCUUAUUGGUUUCACUACAGCGUUUGCUGAGUACAUUGUGAUGCAGCCAAGUGAGGCGUACGCCCCCUUUAUGGACACCAUGUGGGAAAAGAUCCACAUGAGCAAACUGGUCAUCGAGUUUCUGGUCAACAACCAAGAAGCUGCUUACGAAGACCUCUUAAACAAGAUCCAGACCACAGUUCCUCCCCAGAGCCUCCGUGUGACGUCCUUCAGCGAGGAAUCACUGCUCAGACAUGCACAGUUCGUGGUGGAACAGGUGGAGAACUUUGACCUCGCGGGUGAUGCUGACGAGGCGCCGCUCCUGACCACACCCUGCAUGAGGGCACUGAUCAAACUGGCAGGAGUCACACUGGGGAAAAGGCGAGCUGGGAGAAGUGGCAUUAAGCAGCCCAGGAAAGUCAAGGCCAAACCCAUGCGCCAGACCAAGGCUACUACAACCAACUUGGUGUGCAGCAUCUUUGACACAUUCUUCAAGGACCAAAUUCAAGAUGACAAGGCUGGUGGGCCACGUAGACGGCGCUGUGGUGUUUGUGAGGUGUGUCAGCAGGCCGACUGUGGCACCUGCGUGGCCUGUAAGGACAUGACCAAAUUUGGGGGAACUGGCAAGUCCAAGCAAGCCUGUGUCAACAGGAGGUGCCCAAAUAUGGCAGUGCAGGAUGCUGAUGAUGACGACGACAUAGAGGAUGACCUUGACAAGGAGUUCAGUUCCACCGUCGGACACAAGAGGACGCACUUCUCUCCCAGGAAGAAGGUCAAUAGCAAGGUGAAGAUAAGCUGGGAGGGAAAACCAAUCAAGGAGGAAGGGAAGAAAACAUUUUACUCUGCUGUCAUGCUGGAAGAAGAAAAGAUCGAAACAGGCGACUGCGUGACCGUGACCUCGGAGGACCCCACCAAACCACUGUUCAUCGCUCGUGUCAUGUACAUGUGGGAGGACAGUGGGGGGGACAUGAUGUGUCAUGUGGGCUGGUUCUGCCGAGGCUCAGACACAGUCCUGGGUGAGACAUCAGACCCACUGGAGGUGUUCCUGGUGGAUGAGUGUGAGGACAUCCUGAUACAGUUUGUCAAGUUCAAAUGCAAGGUGAUCCUUAAGACGUUCGACAAAGACUGGUUCAGUCAUGGGGGAGUGGAGGACCCAGACUCUGACUAUCCCAUCAAGGAGGAUGACGGCAGAACUUUCUUCUGUCAGAAAUGGUAUGAUCCUGACCUGGCCAGGUUUGAGGACCCACCAGUUCUAGAGGAGGGUAGCGGACACAAGUUCUGUCCACUCUGUCUCAGGCUUGACCACAGCAGAAAGUCAGAGAUUCCCAUCGUUGGUGAACAACUAGACGAUACAAUGGGGGAUGACAACAAAGUCUACUAUAGUUUAUGCCAGAAGGGUGGACUGGAGUACAAGAUUGGUGAUGAUGUGUUUCUGCUACCUGACUCAUUCUCUUUCAGUGUGAAAGUGAAGAACUCAACAAAGAAGGCAAGCAAGAAAGACAACUAUGAUGAGGACCUGUAUCCCGAGUACUACCGUAAGAGAGGUGAUUACGUGAAGGGAAGCAACGAGGAGUGUCCGGAACCGUUCCGCAUCGGUCGCAUCAUCAGCAUCUACUGUAAGCGUACGGUUAGCGGGAUCAUCAACACUCACGAUGUGCGACUCAGGGUCACCAAGUUCUACAGGCCAGAGAACACUCACAAAGGGAAGGCAGGGAGCCACCACACUGACCUGAACAUGCUAUACUGGAGUGAUGAAGAGGCAGUGGUGGACUUCAUGUCGGUCCAAGGGAAGUGUCAGGUUGUGUAUGGUGAGGACCUGGAUGUCAGUGUGGAAGACUGGUCCAGCAAAGGCUUGCACAGGUUUUACUUCAAUGAGGCAUACAACACUGAAAGUAAACAGUUUGAAGAACCACCCAACAAAGCCAGGAGCGGAGGAAAGAAGGCCAAGGGUAAGGGAAAAGGCAAAGGUAAAGGGAAGGGCAAGUCUAGUGAGGCUGAGUCUAAGGAACAACAACCACCAAGUCCUGCAUUCACCAAGCUGCGCAUGUUGGAUGUGUUUGCUGGUUGUGGUGGCCUGUCUGAAGGAUUCCACCAGGCAGGGAUAGCGGACAGUAAGUGGGCUGUGGAGGUGAUGGAGCCUGCUGCCCAGGCUUACAGGCUUAACAACCCGGACUGUACCGUCUUCACAGACGACUGUAACAUACUGCUCAAGCUGGUCAUGGAGGGAGCAACCACCAACUCUACAGGGCAGAGACUGCCCCAGAAGGGGGAUGUGGAGUUGCUGUGUGGGGGGCCGCCAUGCCAAGGCUUCAGCGGGAUGAACAGGUUCAACUCCAGACAGUACUCACAGUUCAAGAAUUCCUUGGUGGUAUCCUUCCUGAGCUACUGCGACUUCUACCGCCCAAAGUUCUUCCUGUUGGAGAACGUGCGUAACUUCGUGUCCUUCAAGAGCUCCAUGGUGCUGAAGCUGACCUUGCGGUGUCUGAUCCGCAUGGGGUACCAGUGUACCUUCGGGGUCCUUCAGGCCGGGAACUACGGCGUGGCACAAACACGACGCAGGGCCAUCAUCUUGGCAGCAGCACCAGGAGAGAAGCUGCCCAUGUACCCAGAACCUCAGCACGUCUUCUCUCCCAGGGCCUGCCAGCUCAGUGUCAUGGUGGAUGAGAAGAAGUACAACUCCAACACCCAGUGGAGGCAGUCUGCACCGUACCGUACCAUAACCAUUCGCGACACCAUGUCAGACCUGCCUUCCAUCCGAAAUGGACACUCAGCCACAGAGAUCUCCUACGAUGGGGAACCAAGGUCCUACUUCCAGAAGAUUAUUCGGGGGAACCAGUACCAGCCGAUCUUACGGGACCACAUCUGUAAGGACAUGAACGCGCUGGUGGAGGCACGUAUGCGCCACGUCCCGCUGGCCCCGGGCUCCGACUGGAGAGACCUUCCUAACAUUGUGGUCAGGCUGUCUGAUGGCUCCUCCUCAAAAUUAUUGCAGUACACCCAUGAAGACAAGAAGAACGGCACCAGUUCUACGGGAGCGUUGCGUGGCGUGUGUUCUUGUGCGGAGGGCACGGCCUGCGACCAGAAUGACAGGCAGUUUAACACUCUCAUCCCCUGGUGCCUACCUCACACAGGAAACCGCCACAACCACUGGGCAGGUCUGUACGGCAGGCUGGAGUGGGAUGGCUUCUUCAGCACCACGGUCACCAACCCUGAACCAAUGGGCAAACAGGGUCGCGUCCUCCAUCCAGAGCAACAUCGUGUGGUGAGCGUGCGAGAGUGCGCCCGGUCCCAGGGCUUCCCCGACACUUACCGUUUCUAUGGUAGCAUCUUGGACAAGCACAGACAGGUUGGAAAUGCUGUGCCGCCCCCCAUGGCAGCUGCCAUUGGCAGGGAGAUUAAGAAGUGUUUGGAAGACAAGGCCAAGAAGGAAACACAGACGGGAGAAACAAAACCUGUUUCAAUGGAAGCUUGAUAAGAAUCAGUGUUAACCUUCUUGCAUCAUGAGGGCCAUAUAUUUAAUGUACUACUUGGACCAAAGGCUUACAUUCAUUUUAUCUGUACGUUGUAGAAUUUUAAUGAAUUCAUUUGUCAGUUUGCCAGUGUUUUCUGAAUUAAUUUUGUAUUUAGAAUGAUGGCUAGAACUGAUGAUUUAGUGAAAUUUUGGCUAUUUUAACAUGUUUCAAUAAAGCUGUUUGACUGUAGUCUAUUCAUUGAUAAUGUAUGAUUUCAGGAUGUUUUAUAUUGUGCACAGAUUCUAUUGUUACAAACAUCAAAGCAAUCAAUUAUUCACAACAGGGACAUGAGCCUCUGAUCACGUCUAUUCCAUCAUUUAUAAGUAUUUCUCGCAACAUUCAAUGUAAAGGCAGCAUUUGUUGUAGCAUUGCAUUGCUCACAAUGUACAUUUUUAGGACCAGUAGAAGACACAAUGUACAUUUUCCUUAUUAACAUUCCUCCUAAGGUAGCAGUUGGCAGUAAAUUAUCACUGCCAUUUGACAUUGUUGAUGUUUUAGAAAUAUAAUCUUACAGAUUAAAAGCAUUUUGUAGUGCUAACUUGGAAAGGGGAUAAACAAUUUAAAAUUUCAGACUCAAUGUUCCAAAAAAUGUUUAUAACCAAUUAUCAAUGGAAAAAUGGACUAAUUAUCGAUUGGAUGAAGUAUUUUAUGUUUAUUUUGUUAUGUCUAUGUCAUUUGCAUUGAGUGAGCUUUGUGGCAAUUUUAUGGUUAGCAACAAAUAAAACAUUACAGCUGUCA